GUUUUCUCCUGCAGCAUGCCCCUUCACUAUCCACCCAACGGACCGACCGGGCACUCGCAUCUCUUCAAGUCCAAGUCCAAACACAACACCAUACUAUCUCCAACAAUAGACGUUCUAUAAAUUGUCCUUGUUGUUUUCAAUAAUCUUCUAAAGCCCUCAAUCGCCCACUGUCAGUCGCGAAAAUGAUCCUUAAGCGCAAACGAUCCGACAGCGAAAUCUCGUGUGGCAGUUCUCUCCUCUCAUCGCCCUCAAAUCCCAAUUCCAUGGCGAUUGACAACUUUCAAUUGAGCCCAAAUCGCAUCGCAACCCCAUCGCUCUUCCCAUCUCGUACUCGAAAGCGUCAUCGCGACAAUCGACCGUCAGAGACAGAAGUUCAUCGUAAGCAUACCCAACCACCUUCCAUCCGCAGCCUCACUAACACCAGGCACCAGAACAUACCCUCUCCCUUCUCUUUUCCGCUCAGCAAAACCCUCAAUCAACCUUCCAACAAUCUACCUCCCACUUCAAUUUGCCUGCCGUCGAGUCCCUCCCAUCAACCAAUCAACCUGCGCAACGAUCAAACCUCCAUUCCUUUUGGGCCAUUCCGGGCGGACCGCGACAAGAAUCUCCUGGUAGCAACUUCUCCUCGAGCACAAAUACACCUAUGACAUCGUCUGCCAACAACAUGUUCUUCCUUUCUUCCAAUUGCGAAGAUUGCGAUGCCUCACUCAGUACCGAGAACAGCCCGGAUGCGAUGGAUGUCGAUAUGAUGGACAGCGGAAACGGAGAGGAUUUCGCUUGCACAGGCUGUAGAAAGAUGGUGUGUCAUGGCUGCGCAGUCAGUAAUUUGGGUGCGGAGAGAAAGUGUUUGAUGUGUGCUGGAAAGAAGAAGCAAUGGGUUGGUGGCUUGGGAUGGGUGGACUCUUAUUAAAGAGAGUUGGACAUUGGGGUUUUUAAAUUGGAUUCGUGGUUUUGAAUCACUGUUUGAAGGCGUUCUAGCGAUAAAUACCAGGAUUUUACAAAGGGAUACAAAGAUUUUUAAUUGUACAAGAGAUAGUUAAUUGAAGGCGAU